CAAAGUAUGAGGUAAGCAGACCAACUUCAGGAUUAUCUUUUCAAAGUAUGAGGUAAGCAGACCAACUUCAGGAUUAUCUUUUCAAAGUACGAGGUAAGCAGACCAACUUCAGGAUUAUCUUUUCAAAGUAUGAGGUAAGCAGACCAACUGAAGAAUUACCUCUGGAUUGUCUAUCUGUGGUGAAAAAGUACAAUUGCUUCCAAUGCAUUUAGGUCCUUUCGCUUUCUUGAAAUGUGGUUGUGUUGUUGACAGUAUUCUUUGUUAAAUACUAAGACUAAAAACAAUAACAUGGUAUAACAUUACAUUCUUGACUUGGAUUAUUUUUUUUCCAUGACAAACCUAAAACACAUACAUAGAAUAGUUUUUAUAUUGAAUGACACUCCAAACUGUGCUUGGAUGCAUUCAGUGUCCUUUGACAUCCUUGGGACGUCUGUAAAGCGUCAUUGGACUCCACCUGGAAUAAAUUAAAUUAAAUGGGCGUUAUUUAGAAAAUCACACACCUGUCUAUAUAAGGUCCCAGACUUCAGUUCAUGUCAGAGAAAAAACAAGCCAUGGAAAAUCUAUUUCCAUGGAAAUCUGUAUAUCUCUGAGAAUAGUGUCCUUGCAUAGAUCUGGGGCAGGAUACAAACAAAUGACUCAAACAUGGACAUUACCCAAAACAUAGCUGUAUAUACUGAAAGUAUGUAAAACACUUUUGUCCUAUCUGCUCAAUCAAUGCCAAGGCGUUUGCUACGUUUGCGCCAGAAUUUAGGCAAACGUUUUCAACCCUUGGGCGAUAUUUCCGUCUUAUGUUGGCAGGCACCAACCCGGAUGCUGAAACUCAUAAUCACCAGGCUGUUAUGUACAUAGAACAAUGUCUCUGUGCCACUCGCUAGCUUAAAACAGAAUGGUUCUCUAGCCGUGUCAGUUUGAUGAAUCGUGCAGCCUUAUGGAGGAAUGGUCUGAGAUCCAUUCUAAUGGAUUCUCCAAUCAGAACUACAAUGUAAAAGCUCUGUGCCGUGGUCCUUGUCAGUGGAGGGCGCACAAAGCGCAGAACAGAAUACAUUGGACCCUUCAUUUCAGAUGGGUCAUUUUGGUUCAUUCUCUUAAAUGGUUAAAAGUACAAUUUAUUUCUAUGUGUUCUAAAAUGUAAAUGUAGCGAAGUACCCGGGCCUUUUAUUUUUAUUCUGCAGCCAUUGUCGCUCAUCUCCAUCAACCAGGAACUGUUAAUGUUAAUACCGCUUUUAGACUAACGACUUAACACACAUCGGAAAUGGGAAACUGCUCUUUCACUAGAUAAUGUUUGUACUUCUCUUCUUUUAAUGAUCUUAAAGAUGUUUGUUUUUUCAUAGUGAAGUCUAAGGUUUCAAGUCUUUUUAAAUGUUAUUCUUAAUGUAAUAUAAUUGUGGAUUGGAGUUAUCAGCUGUGGAGAGAACUUGGGCCUGAUCAGUAGUAACAAGUAACAAUACACUAAAAUAUCCUGAAGUCGCAUAAAAACACACUGAAAAGUCUGGACUUUCUGCAAUUCCUGCUGACGUAUUGGAAAUGCUUUGGUUGUUUCUGUUUACGGUUCGUCUUAGUAAAAGACUUUUGGGAGAAUCAGCUUUUGAGAACAUGGUUUGUGUUGUCUCUAGGUACAGAGUCUUUUGAGAACAUGGUUUGUGUUGUCUCUAGGUACAGAGUCUUUUGAGAACAUGGUUUGUGUUGUCUCUAGGUACAGAGUCUUUUGAGAACAUGGUUUGUGUUGUCUCUAGGUACAGAGUCUUCUGAGAACAUGGUUUGUGUUGUCUCUAGGUACAGAGUCUUCUGAGAACAUGGUUUGUGUUGUCUCUAGGUACAGAGUCUUUUGAGAACAUGGUUUGUGUUGUCUCUAGGUACAGAGUCUUCUGAGAACAUGGUUUGUGUUGUCUCUAGGUACAGAGUCUUCUGAGAACAUGGUUUGUGUUGUCUCUAGGUACAGAGUCUUCUGAGAACAUGGUUUGUGUUGUCUCUAGGUACAGAGUCUGCUCCAGCAGGAAGUUGCCGGCACCCUGAAUCAGUCCAAUUCCAAGAUGGAGUCUCUGCUAGAGCGUGUCCAACGGCUGGAGUGUGAACCCAACUUUGACAUCACCAUACGGAAACUGGAGGCUCAUAUAAAGAAAGUGAAGAGGAGGGGGGAUGCUGCCAUUGCGUAUGUCAGGAUGCUGGGGACCUCAGGGGUCAAAGUAACACAGAGUCCGAAUCUGUUUGCUUCUGGACCAGUGGACCUGACAGAGACUGAUAGAGGACCAAGCUUUGUGGACCUUGUCAGGUGUGAUUCUGAUGAGGAGAUCGCAGAGCACAAGAAGACCAUGGAUGGAUUCAGACAGAAUGUGAUGGCAAAUAGUACGAGGUCAAUGCUCCCGGACAAGAAGAAGGAAGAGGAGAGGAAUGGAAAAACGCACAGCACCUCUCCUCUACCUCCUGUUCUUUCUUCUCCUCCACCCAUUUUAUGUCAUCCUCCUUCUCCACCUCCUAUUCUGUCUCCUCAAUUCCCUAAGGCGGAGCCUAAAGCCAUCCCAGUGACCUCACCUGCCCCUGACGCUCCCCUGACUCCGGUUAAAACCGAGAACACCAUUAAGACAGAGGAAACGUCUCCUCCUCCCAUCUCCUCCUUCCCCCCCCCUCCUCCCUCUCCCCCUCCCUGUAAGAGUGACUUGCUGUCUCGUCUCCCCCCUCUGCCCUCCACCCCCUUUCCCUCCUCCCUCCCACUGGAAGCCGCCUCCCACUCCAUCCCCCAGAAGCCUGUUGUCCACCUGGCCCGUAUCCAGAACCCCACCCCUUGUCUAGUCAUCACCUGGAGAGUCAUUGACACGGACCCUGCUCCGCCCGAAAUGGACAGCUACAGUAUCUACAUCUCCCAGGAGAGUCGCAGCGGCAGUGGUGUCUACCCCGCCUGGAGGAAUGUGGGUGUGGUCAAGGCCCUGGCCCUGCCCAUGGCUGUCACGGUAACCAAGUACCAAUCAGGGACCACCUAUGUCACUGUUGUCGGCAAGGACCGCUACGGCCGCUUCGGGCCUUACAGCGACAUACAGACAGUCGUGUUGUCAUAGCAACCGGUCUACCGCCCUGAUAUAGGCGCCAUGUUUUUUCUAUUAUUGUCGAUGUUGACACGUACUGUAUUGUAUUGUACAGUUUUAGUAUUUUACCUCUAAUUCAGUCACCACCAAGCCUCAGUGGUGUCCCUUGUGUAGUUCAUAGAAAUACAAUACAUAGAUGCUUCCUGGUUUGUCUCAAGUGUUGGAAUGUACUGCUCAGUCUUGUAAGUUAGUUUAACCAAUCAUAGAGCAAAUGUAUGGGUAUACUUCCUGCUAAUACUAUACCUGUUGCUCUGCUCUUGCCAUUUCACCGUCAUGCUUUCAGGGACUUGAAUAGGAAUGGAGGUUUGUUCAUUUUGUUUCAUCCAUCACUGGCUGUCCAUGUUGGGCCCUGCAGAUUACAAAGAACUUAAGUCUACAGACUGCACGGUUGUCAGAUCAGUCUGGCCUGGUGAACAUGUGUGCCUAGUCCUCCAAUGACCCUAUAGAGUCAGUGUGAAUGUUUGGAGACGGUGCUUCUGUUUGAGAUUCACCUCACUACUUUUCUCCAGUACAAUUACCUUUUCUGGUGUUAUUUGUUAUUACAUUAGUUUAACUUUUUUGUGAGUUAAACCACUGUCUUGCAUAAUAAAAUAUGAACCUAAAUAUU